GAGAACAGAUCAUCCUCACCACAGUAUAUUCCUUGAUGGUGGAGGGGUGAUCCUCUGGACUCUAGAAAUCCAUGUGGGUGGUGGGUCCUGUGCUGGGCUUACGCCAAGGAAUAACCUCUGGGCUGCUGUUCCGACAAGUCCUAUUGAACAAGGAGCCCUUGUCUUGACUUAGGCAUAGACCUAGAACCCACCAAGGGCCAUAGGGAGAAACGUUGCCCGUGGCCAAAGUGGGCUUCCCUGGAUUGCCGAGUGGGUGCAGGAUGGGCAUCACACAAAGAUUCUAUUCUGCCCUUUGUGUUGAUUCCUCCUUUCUAUGAACAAAACCUUUGCUUUCUGCAUAGGCCCCAAGGACUUCAUGCUGGGUCUACUUCAGGUGCAAUAGAUCAGCCUUAUAUUAUGGGGCUUUACCUAAUGUUUCUUCUGAGGAGAGGGGAGUAACACUGUUAAAAUUAGUUAAGCACGAAAACUCCUAGGAAGGCUUAUUCCAGCCCUGAUCAGCCCAGGUGAACUCUCCAGGGAUGCUGCUCUUUGUCAGAGAAGACCCCCACAAAGGUAACAUCUCUGAUGUGGGAAUAAAAAAGGUUUGUUAGUCACUUGUCUGUGAAGCAUCUGGGCCUCCAAAAUUCCAACCCUACUGCAGUCCUGAGGCAAAACUGUUCUUCCUGAGAGCUAGAAGCUAAAGUCAGGAUACUUACCCUGCCACCUCAAACUUAGGGAUCAUAAAGCCUUGCUUGUACAGCGCCAGGGUGAGAUUGGGGUGUCCUGAGGAUUAGAACCUGUGUCCAUCAUUCUAGGACCACUUAGAGCCGAGGUCUGAGAGGGUGGAGCAUUCUUUUGGCCUGGAAGCUAUGGACUUCCACCAUAUGGUCGAACACUGCCCAAAGCCCAGGGGACUCACUCUCCAUCGGGAACAUCGUCCCAUUCCCUUACGGUCCCAGUCUUCUCGACUCUCCCGAAGUGCAGAGAAGGCGGCACUGAGAGAACAGGGCUGAAGAGCCGGUGCCUAGUAUGCCGCGCACCAGCUCUGACUCGGGACCAUAACGCCCCGUCUUACCCCAGAAAGGGGCCUGGCCGGCGGAGUAGCUACUCCCGGUGCUCCGCCAACGCUGCACUCUUGCGGUACUGGCCGUGUUUCCGAGAGCCUCGGGAGAGAUAUCGCCGACAGUUUCGGGCCUGCGCUCCGCCCCAGGAUUCUCCACGGGCCGCGGGGCCGUUAAGCCCCGCCCCUGAGGGUUCGUCCAAUCCGGAUCCAACCUUCAGUCGGCGCCUUCAAGUUCCGUGUGGCCACUUCCGAUCCGUUCCGGAAGUCGCUCAGUGGAGCCAAAUUUGAAGCAAACGGAGACGCCUAGGCGCAGCCACGAAGCUGGACCGGUCGCGGCUUCCUUGGAUACCUGCUCCUGUUGAGAUCAGUCAUCAUGCCCAUUCGUGCGCUAUGCACCAUCUGCUCCGACUUCUUCGACCACUCCCGUGACGUGGCCGCCAUCCACUGCGGCCAUACCUUCCACUUGCAGUGCCUAAUUCAGUGGUUUGAGACAGCACCAAGUCGGACCUGCCCACAGUGCCGAAUCCAGGUCGGCAAAAGAACCAUUAUCAAUAAGCUCUUCUUUGACCUUGCCCAAGAGGAGGAGAGUGUCUUAGAUGCAGAAUUCUUAAAGAAUGAACUGGAUAAUACUAGAGCCCUGCUUUCCCAGAAAGAGAAGGAAAAACGAGACAGCCAGGUCAUCAUUGACACUCUGCGGGACACGCUGGAAGAGCGCAACGCCACUGUGGAGUCCCUGCAGAAGGCCUUAGACAAGGCCGAGAUGCUGUGCUCCACCCUCAAGAAGCAGAUGAAGUACUUGGAGCAACAGCAGGAUGAGACCAAACAAGCACGGGAGGAGGCCCGCCGACUCCGGAGCAAGAUGAAGACUAUGGAGCGGAUUGAGCUCCUACUCCAGAGCCAGCGGCCCGAGGUGGAGGAGAUGAUCCGAGACAUGGGUGUGGGACAGUCAGCAGUGGAGCAACUGGCUGUGUACUGCGUAUCCCUCAAGAAAGAGUAUGAGAAUCUAAAAGAGGCAAGGAAGGCUUCAGGAGAGCUAACUGACAAGCUGAAGAAGGACUUGUUUUCUUCCAGAAACAAGUUGCAGACAGUCUGCUCUGAACUGGACCAGGCCAAGUUGGAGCUAAAGUCGGCCCAGAAGGACUUACAGAGCGCUGACAAGGAAAUUGUGAGCCUGAAAAAAAAGCUAACGGUGCUGCAGGAAACCCUGAACCUGCCGCCAGUAGACAGUGAGACUGUCAACCGCCUGGUUUUUGAGAGUCCAGCUCCUGUGGAGAUGCUGAACCUGAAGCUUCGCCGGCCAGCCUUCGGUGAUGAUAUUGACCUCAACGCCACCUUUAAUGUGGACACCCCCCCAGCCCAGCCUUCCAGCACCCAGCAUGGCCAUGCCAAGAGGCUUUUCCCAGAGAAGUCACAUUCUCCUGUUCAUCAUGUUUUCAAGAAGAUCCCCAAAGGCUCUAAGAAGGAGUCCCAGCUCUCGCUGGGUGGCCAGCGCUGUCUGGGAGAGCCUGAUGAGGAGCUGGCUGGUGCCUUUCCUGUCUUCAUCCGGAAUGCUGUCCUGGGCCAGAAACAGCCCAAGAGGGCCAGGGCGGAGCCCUGUCGCAGCACAGAUGCAGUAAGGACAGGCUUUGAUGGGCUUGGAGGCCGGACAAAAUUCAUCCAGCCUACUGACACUACUCUGAUCCGCCCAUUGCCCAUUAAGCCCAAGCCCAAGGCCAGGGCUAAGCAGAGGGUGGGCACCAAGACAGUACUCUCUCCCUCCCAGGCCAAGUUGGACACCUUCCUGUGGCAGUGAGAACAGUGAGUCUGAUCAGUGUCCAGAUAUAUGUCUCUGACUUGUAGGCUGAGGACUGGUAACUAGCUCAGCACAGGGUUUGCGGGGCGCAGCCCCUCUUCCAGGACCAGCCCUGAGGACAAGGAUAAACAAGAAGAUGGGAGUGAAGUUGAGGCCCAGAAACUGCUUUUCCUGCACACGCCCUGCCCCACUCCCUAUCACACUGGGCCUACCUAUGGGAGAGGAUGUGAUCACCUCACUGUUCCUGCCAGCAGGGCUUGCUCCGUGUUCCAGACUCCCAUUUAUAGCCAUGAUCAGAGGUGGCUGGGCUGCUUCUGGUCCUCCAGACCAGGGUCUUUUGUUGACUCUAGGGACCAAAGUGCUUGAGGCUUCUCAGGCAGCUUCAGCCUGCCCAAGUUUCUGCCUGCCUCUGACUUGCUGCUCGGCAUGGCCUGGGCCAAGCAGGGCAGGGAAUAGGGGAUGGUGGUGGGGAGAGG